AUGCGUAUGGAACAGCCAGCAGCGUUUCUGAGUGGCAAACUACAACCCUUGUGCCUAGAUCGCAAGUUCCAGUUGCGCGUGAGCGGGUCACGGCAACAGUUUCGGGGCCGCCGCCGACCCAUUCUCGUCGCCCGGGUCGGGAUCGGCGUCAUCGGUGCAGGCCGCAUAGGACAGGUACAUGCAGCAACGAUAGCUCGUCUGAUGAAUGCAGAGCUACGAGGUAUUGCUGAUCCAAUUGAAGCAGCUGGGCGUAAGGUGGCCGAGAGUUUCCAGACAGCGUACUUUCCAGACUAUCGUACGCUGCUAGAGGACCCCGAUGUACAGGGUGUCGUCAUCGGCUCGCCAACGCCGUUUCACGCGGAACAAAUGAUAGCUGCAGCCGAAGCCGGCAAGCAUAUAUUUUGUGAAAAGCCUAUCAGCAACGAUCUCGCGACGAUCGACCGUUGUUUAGAGGUGGUACGCACCAGCGGCGUCAAACUCCUGGUGGGGUUCCAGCGGCGCUUCGAUAGUAACUUUAGCUACGUACGUGACCAGAUUGAGCGUGGCACCAUUGGGCAAGUGCGUAUGUUUCACAUCCAUUCAAGAGAUCCGGCGCCACCUCCGGCGGAAUACUUGGCGAAAAGCGGAGGUAUUUUCCUCGACAUGUGUUCCCAUGAUUACGAUAUGGCGCGUUUUGUGACGGGCCAGGAAAUCGAGGAGGUUUACGUGGUUGGCAAGGCCUUCGAUCCCGAGGCACAGGCCGCAAAUGAUCUCGACACCCACAUAACGGUACUGCGGAUGUCGGGCGGGGUCAUGGGCACCAUCGACAACUCUCGUCGUUGCGCAUACGGCUACGACCAGCGUAUCGAGGUGUUUGGCUCCGACGGUUCGUUAAUCGGUCAAAACAAGAGCAAGCACUCCGUAGUAGCCGCCGGUCAAGAUGGGUAUCAUCAUGGACGACCUUUUGAUUUCUUUAUGGAUCGCUAUCUGGAGGCGUACGGGAACAUCAUGACCGCAUUUGUGCAGAUGAUCGAGCGCGGCACAGACCCCCCUGUCUCGGGGUUAGACGGUCGCGCGCCGGUGCUCGCUGCGCUGGCCGCAGCCCGAAGUGUCAAGGAGAAUCGACCAGUGAAACUCAGCGAAGUCGAUAUACGCAUGCGCUAG